GUACGUGUUGACUUCUACGUACGUUGCCACAUCUUCUCUCCUACCGCGCCUUCCUCGAGCGUAGCAUGCAUUGAGAGCCCCGCCCCUCUGACAUGACGAACCUGACAUGAUGAGCCCUACUUCUAGAAUAUCGAACAUCUUCAAACGAGCCGACGGACUCCGCUGGUCCCCCUGGCUUGACGAGUGCCUCAACCACCUGGCCGAGAGGGGUUCGGGCACAGUCGACCAAGACGAGAUCCUCAUAGCCCAAGUGCGGGUGCAGCUGGUCAUUGACCAGUUGUACAGUGCCCCGAUGCCUGUGAUGAGCGCCGGACAGCCUCCGACACAAUACGUGUCGUGCCUUCAGGCACGGCUGCGCGAGAUCACGGCCAGACAGGCGGCUAAUGCCGCGACCGCAAGCAAUCCUAUGAUGCUCAUGUUGGUCUCCUUCGCCGACCUGCUCAUCUACGAGCCACUGCUCAGCAAAGCCCCGGGUAGCGCCACCAACACGGCGAGCUGGAACGACCCCAGCAUGUCGCGGUUCCAAGUGUACCACGGGGCGCUUGUGGCAAUAAAGGGCUGGCUCGACACGUUCAUGUCGACGCCCUUGGUGCUGUUCCGCAGCAUGACGUUAUCAUCAUACCACCAGCUGGUGUCAGUGCUGGCGUGCCUCUUCAAUCUCUACACGCUGCAGGACGCGGCGUGGGACAAGGGCCUCGCGCGUAAGACGGUCGACCUGCUGGCGACGUGCGACGCCGUGAUCGGCGUCUUCAGCCGCCUCAAGGCCGCGCCCGCCAUCAUCUCGCGCGAGUUCGGCGAGGACGACGCCUUCUCGUGGGGCCUGACGAUCCUGCAGCGCAUGAAGGGCCGCUGGCAGGUCCAGCUCGCCGAGGGCGGCGGCGGCGGAAGCAGUGGCUUGGGCGGCGGCGUGGCCGCGCAGGACCCCGUCAUGAUGGACUACGCUGCUGUUACUGCCGCGCAGGGCCAGGGCGUGAUGGCGUCGAUGGGCUACAUGGGCAAUAUCUACGACGAGACUGCGCUGUUUGCCGAUGCGUUUACCACGAGCUGGGAGUGAUGGGGAGUGAAGGGGCUGUACAUUAACUACAUUUUGCAUGAUUAUUCCACAAUUCAUGAAUUAUGACGAUGCGCG